AUGUACACGGAGCCGUUCCCGCUUUGCAAUAGACCAGCUACCUUUUGCUCACUAGACGAUCUCAGCCCUCGCGAGGGCGAACGAGCAAGCACCCCAUGUACUUGUAGUCUCAGCAGAUAUCUUCGCUCUCCAUUGCCCACCUCUCUCCCUCUUCCCUCGACGACACCCUUACCCCGACGACACCCUUACCCCGACAACGCCUCCCCCCACCCACCCACGUCCUCGCUCUCCUGCUCUCUCCUUGCUCUCGUUUCGACGUGUGCGCGUGCAUGUCUCGGGAUAUUCGUACCCGCAACACUGUCGAGUGCCCAUGCUCCUCCUGCCGGCAAGCUCGAGAUGAAGGCCGAGGGUUUCUUGUCCCACCCGGUACCCGGGACGAGCACCUGCCCCUCGACGGUCACUGCAUACACCCUCCCUGGUCGCUCAGCGUGGACGAGCGUCGUCGUCGAGGCCCAGCACCAGCAUCACCCGGCCGAGGAGUUCUGCUCCGUCUGCAGAACACCUGCAAGCCUCCCAGCGGGCUCUUACGACAAUGACAACGACUACAUGGAUAUCAGACCAGACCAUCCCCCCUCAUCUCCACCACAUCACCCUCCUGCCGCAAGGUCCAUCUCGUCGCCAACGUUUGCUUCAUCAACCACCUCCUCAACAACAGUCCCCUGCCUCUCACACACGUUCUCGUCUCGUCGAGAGCAACAGGCGGGCGUUGAGCCUCCGCCAGGCACAGCAUCGUCCUCAGCUCACAUACCCAUAUUAGCGUCAUCAUCCUCGGCCCGUGUCGCACCUCCGUCGUCAUCUUCAGCCCUCACACCUGCACCCCUGCCAUCAUCCCGAUCCAAACGGCUCCGUCGUAAAGCACGAGUCCGUGCUGCUCCAAUUGAACGAGAAGACGACUCGGAUGCUCCACCAGUCUCCAAGGUAGCUCCUCAUCACUGCGAUGCAGAUGAGCUGGGACUCUACGACAACUCAGAUGGAGGUGAGGAGAUACACAACAACCCGCUCCUUCACACCCAGGAAGUCGAGGAGGAGGAGGAGGAGAGGCUUGUUAUACGUCUUCCGGCGGCAGCACCAUGA